AUGCGUGGACAGUCCAGUGUGAGAGAAGUGGACGUCGCCACAGGGAAGGUUCUCAAGAAGGUGCCUCAGAGCGCUCCGGUGUUCAGUGAAGGGCUUGCACUCAUCAACGACAGGCUGUUUCAGUUAGCGUGGCAGGUGAAAACGGGAACGAUAUACAACCGCAAAAGUUUGCGAAAGAUAGGCAGCUUCCGCCACCAGAUGACGGACGGUUGGGGCCUGUCAACGUACAAUAAGUCGCUGCUGGUGGGCUCCGAUGGCACCUCCUACAUCUACUUCAUCAGCGCAACCACCUUCAAGACGCUGCACAAGGUGAAGGUGACUGAUGGCGGCACACCUAUAGCGUGGAUCAAUGAGCUUGAAGUGCGGGGCGGGCGUAUCUAUGCCAACGUGUGGCAGACGGAUUGCAUCGCGGUGAUCGACCCGCUGUCAGGGCGAGUGGCGGCCUGGAUGGACCUGCAGCGCCUGCGGGCGCUAGCAGCAGCCCAAGUGAAGCCCAACCAGGAGUUUGAUGUGCUGAACGGCAUUGCAUGGGAUGCACUACAGAGGCGCCUCUUUGUCAAUCUUUACCACGCCCUGUCUUCCCAGAUGCUGAGCACCCCAGAACACCCCAGAGCAACCCAGAGCAGGGCUUUCCUGGCUCUCCCUCCCGCUCUCCCUCCCGCUCUCCCUCCCGCUCUCCCUCUCGCUCGCCCUCCCGCUCUCCCUCCCGCUCUCCCUCCCGCUCUCCCUCCCGCUCUCCCUCCCGCUCUCCCUCCCGCUCUCCCUCCCGCUCUCCCUCCCGCUCUCCCUCCCGCUCUCCCUCCCGCUCUUUCUUCUAAUUGGUGUGAGAUUUCCUUCGAUCCUCCUUCCUUCGAUUUCCUUCCUGGCUCUUCCCCGCUCAUCCUCCCCGUCCCUCCUUCCGUCACUCCUUCCUUCCCCCCUUUUCCAACACCCCCCCCCCCCUCAAACCCCCCUCCCUCUCCCCCCCCUCCCCUGAAACCAUGCCUGCUGCAUGCUGGCCACGUGGUGGUGCUCAAGAGCUUCGCCAUGAAGCCGAUGCCAGGUGUCAGGCUCACAUUGGUCACUCGGGACGUGCACACGCCUUACAGCGGCAUGCUGCCAGGCCUCGUGGCCGGCCACUACACGUACGACGACUGUCACAUCGACCUGCGCCCCUUGGCUCAACUCACCAACGCCCGCCUGCUGCACUGCUGCGCCUCUGGCAUUGACCUGGAUCAACGUGCUGUGGUGCUGGCGGAUGGGCGCCCCCCCAUUCGCUACGACGUACUGUCCAUUGAUAUCGGGAUCACUCCACUGAGAGCUGCGGUGCUGGCGGAUGGGCGUCCUCCUAUUCGCUACGACGUGCUUUCCAUUGACAUCACUGGUAUCCUGUCACCUCACGUACGCACUACCAACAUCCGCUGCUGCACUGCUGCGCCUCGGGCCUGGACUUGGAUCAGCGAGCUGUGGUGCUGGCGGAUGGGAAUCGCUUUUGAGAAUUAUCAAAAGCGAUUUCCAUGUACUUGGAUCAGCGUGCGUGCUGUGGUGCUGGCUGGUGGAUGGGCGCAUGCUUGCCCAUUUGUUACGACGACCCGUGUCUUGAUACUCCGCCCCACUCCCAUCCCCUCCUUCCAUCCGUCUGAGCAGCAAUCAGUGCCAGGAGCAAAGGAGCUCACCCUCCCAGUGAAGCCCAUCGACUCCUUCACCCACCGCUGGGAGGCUCUGCGGUCACGCAUCCUCUCCCUCGCCCCUGGCUCUAGUGUCCGUGUGGUGGUGGUGGGAGGGGGCGCAGGAGGGGUGGAGCUGCUUCUGGCCAUGCAGCACCGACUGCAGCAGGACUGCCUGGUUCUCGAUGCUGCAGUGGUGGCAGUGAGACAACGAGGAGUGGAGAGCGGUGGAGAGGGAGGGGAUAGAGAGGGAGCGGUGGAUGGGGCGGAAGGGGAGGUCGGCAGGGGAAGCAGCAGCGGGGCGGGUGGAGGGGAAAAGAGAGAGUCGGCGGUGCAAGGAGGGGUGCUGGUCUUGGAAGGGGGAGAGGAGGUGGAGUUUGACGAGUGUGUGUGGUGCACACAGGGAGGAGCAGCCUCCUGGCUUGGCCAAACGGGUCUAGCCCUGGACAAAAACGGCUUCAUCCGAGUGGGGGACACGCUAGAGUCGAUCAGCCAUAGAAGGGUGUUUGCAGUGGGGGAUAUCCACUCAUCCGACGUUUACCCACGGCCGAAGGCGGGCGUGUUUGCAGUGCGGCAGGGCAUGCCCUUGGCGGAAAACUUGAGGAGAGCGCUUCUGGAUCAGCCUUUGAAACCCUUCCAACCGCAGAAAACGUUUCUGAGCCUCAUCAGCACCGGUGAUAAAUACGCGGUCUUCUCUCGGGGCUCGUUGGCCUUUGAAGACAGUAUUAUGUGGACGCUCAAGGACCGCAUAGACCGGGCGUUCAUGCAGCAGUUCAACCAACUACCUGCCAUGCCGUCACCUCCUCUCCCCACCAUCCCCGUCGCACACACGGCCGGGCCUGAAGCGCUCCUGGCACUCAAAAGCAUGCCCAUGCGCUGUGGGGGGUGUGGCUCCAAGGUUGGCUCUUCCCUUCUCUCCCGCGUCCUCACUCGUCUCGCAGCUCUCCCCAGCCGCCCGCCUGGCCACCCGGAAAUCCUCCUGGGGCUUGACUCACCUGAUGAUGCCGCUGUGCUGGCGAUUCCACCUGAGGGAAAGGGCGGCUGUCAGAGCCCAGUGUUGGUGCAAACGGUCGACUUCUUCCGCUCCUUCCUCUCCGACCCGCACACCUUCGGCCGCAUUGCCGCCCUACAUGCUCUCAGUGACUGCUUCGCCAUGGGUGCUGACCCCGUCUCAGCGCUUGCUAUAGUCACACUGCCCUAUGGUACCGAGGAGAAGAUGGAGGAGGAGCUUUUCCAGGUCAUGGCAGGGGCCAUCCGCGAAUUGGAUGCUGCCACGUGUCAGCUGGUGGGAGGGCACACUGUGGAGGGUGCUGAGCUGUCGCUGGGGUUUGCUGUCACGGGAUUGGCUGACAGAGACCGGCUGCUGAGAAAGGCGGGCAUGCAUGAGGGAGAUGCCAUCAUUCUCACCAAGCCCAUCGGCACGGGAGUCAUCUUUGCAGCCAACAUGCGAUGCAAGUCCAAGGGACGGUGGGUGGAUGGGGCGAUCGAUAGCAUGCUGGUGUCUAAUCAGAAAGCAGCGUCCAUUGCAUUGCAACAUGGGGCCUCGGCUGCUACUGAUGUCACGGGAUUUGGCUUACUUGGCCACCUGGUGGAAAUGACAACAGCAUCUCGAGUUACUGUAACAAUCGACCCCUCUACAAUCCCCAUUAUGGACGGUGCACGGCAGUGUGUGGAGGAUGGCAUUUUCAGCUCGCUGCAGGAUUCGAACCUGCGCCUGAGACGAGCAAUCACCAACUACGAGGAGGCAUCCGCCCAUCUGCUCACUCUGCUCCUCUUCGACCCGCAAACAGCCGGAGGGCUGCUCUUUUCUUUCCAUCCCUAA